UUUGCAUUUGUUUGGAAACAGGAACGAGGCUCACGAUUGUCCAUUUUUUUAGGCCGAUCACCAUUUUUUCCCCUGGAAUGUUAGUUAAAAUAGCUUGCAUGUUCGCUGCCUUUUUAAAUCGCGACUGGUGUUACUCGACUUGGGAAGGUUUUUAAGUUAUUUCAUCAUGGCUGUAUCUUCAUACUUGAUGCUGUUUGCGGUUAUCUAUUCCAUCGUGUCUACAUCAUCACUCAAGACCAAGAAGGAUGAGGUCAUCAGAAUCAAAUCGAAUCCCUACACGGAUUUCAAACGGAAAGACGAUAUCAAUUUGGAAGACGAGGUUAUCGAUAUCGCUCUUGGAGACCAAAGGACAGAGGUUUGGUCAGAGAUCGUUAUGACACCGGAACUAAAAGCAAACAAGAUGUCACUAAAUAAAAAGCACAAACCUGCCAAAGAACGUAAAAUGAAACUCCACGGGAAGAAAGGACGCCCUCUGGAUAAGAAGCAGAAAGAAACACCUUUCGAGAAAUAUCUACCUAGAAGAAACUCCAAAGUUUGAAGGAGGAUCAAUUUUCAUUGGAGAAUCUUAUCCUAUCUUGCAUUUGAAAUAGCCCCAAAUCUGUAACUAAUAAUGCAUUCAUGUAAAGUUGUUGUGAAGCCCAUGAAUAAGACUACACACAGCAAAAAAUGUGGUGUUAACCGUGUACAUAGAGGACCACACCAGUUAUUUUACACCGGUGUUAAAUUGGUGGUGUUAGUUUUACACCUAUAGGUGUCAUUACAACACCUAUUGUUGUUACAUUUACACUCUUUGGUGUUAUAUUCAAUCUCUAGGGAGUUAUUUUAGCAUCUCAGGGUGUGGUCCUAUAUUAACACCAAUUGGUGUCAGUUUUAACACCACAAUUUUUACAGUGCACGUUUGCUUGCGUGGUAUGUGGAACUUGUAUGAGCAAUUGUGGUAUUCCAGGUUGUUCCCGGAUGUCGUUACCAUGCCAAUCGAUGACUUUUACUAGUCUGAUUGGACACCCGUUAUACCCAUCCGUUAUUCGAAGAUUUACUACUUAUAUGGAAUCUAAUCAUCAACCAAAUUUAAGAAAAAAAUGAAAUAGA